AUGACGCAGAGGAUCGUGAUCGCGGUGCAGAUGGCGAGCAGCAGGUGCCGGUCCAAGGCGCUGGCGCUGGUGGCGGCCACGCCGGGGGUGGACUCGGUGGCGCUGGCCAGGGACGGCAAGGACCAGCUGGUGGUCGUCGGCCACGGCGUCGACUCCGUCAAGCUCACCAGCGCGCUGCGCAGGAAGGUCGGCCACGCGCAGCUGCUGCAGGUCGGCGACGCCAAGAAGGAAGACGCGAAGAAGCCGCCGGCCGCGGUCGUGGUCGAAUACUACCCGUACGGUUACUACUACCCAUCGCAACCGGCGCCGGUCAACUUCUACUACGAGCAGCAGCACUACCCUGCUGCUGCCGCCGUCGAGGCGUACGGGUACCCAUGCUCGCGGCCGGAGCCGGGCACCUGUUCGGUAAUGUAG